CCUGCGAGCGCACGGUGGCCACCAACUGGAAGACAUUAUUCUCCGACGCUCCCUCCAGACCCUCCGGCGUCUUCUGAGCAGCCGACUCGACCUCGCUGUUCCGGAGGCGCUUACAAGCAAGCACAAGGGCCUCGGCUGGCUCUGCCGUGCGCUUCCGCUUCACCCGGAGCACUGCGGUCCUGCCGGCCUCCAUAGCGGCGUUCGCGAAGCACUGUGGGAAGGCGAGAGGCGCGUCGGGGGAGCCCCUGGCUUCGGAUCCCGCCCCGCGGACGUUCGAAGGUCCCGCCCCGCACGCUGGCCGCGGCAAGAUGGCGGUGGCGGCGGUGGUAAGCCGAGUGGUUCCAGCGCGGGAUUUCUGACAAUCAUAUCUGUUCUUAAGAAGCAAACUGGCAAGACUGCUUUUCUAUCCAGACACUUGGGAGCUGGUGGCACCAUGAAGGUCUUCUGCGGGCGGGCCAAUCCCACCACAGGAUCUGUGGAGUGGCUGGAAGAGGAUGAGCAUUAUGACUACCACCAGGAGAUUGCCAGGUCAUCCUAUGCAGAUAUGCUACAUGACAAAGACAGAAAUGUAAAAUAUUACCAGGGUAUCCGGGCUGCUGUGAGCAGGGUAAAGAACAGAGGACAGAAAGCUGUGGUUCUCGACAUUGGUACUGGCACAGGACUCCUGUCAAUGAUGGCUGUCACAGCAGGUGCUGACUUCUGCUAUGCUAUUGAGGUUUUCAAGCCUAUGGCUGAUGCUGCUGUGAAAAUUGUGAAGAAAAAUGGCUUCAGUGAUAAGAUUAAGGUUAUCAACAAGCAUUCCACUGAGGUGACCGCAGGGCCAGAUGGUGACAUUCCAUGCCGAGCCAAUAUCCUGGUUACAGAGCUGUUUGACACAGAACUGAUUGGAGAGGGAGCGCUGCCCUCCUAUGAGCAUGCACAUAGACAUCUUGUACAGGAAAAUUGUGAGGCAGUGCCCCACAGAGCAACUGUGUAUGCACAGCUGGUGGAGUCCAAAAGGAUGUGGUCCUGGAACAAGCUGUUUCCUGUCCGUGUUCAGACCAGCCUUGGAGAGCAGAUCAUCAUUCCUCCCUCAGAACUGGAGAGAUGCCCUGGUGCACCUUCCGUCUAUGACAUACAGCUGAACCAGGUGUCACUCACUGAUUUCACUGUCCUCAGCGAAGUACUACCUAUGUUCAGUGUGGACUUCAGCAAACAAGUCAGUAGCUCAGCAGCCUGCUAUAGCAGGCAGUUUGAACCUCUGGCAUCUGGCCAAGCUCAAGUGGUUCUCUCCUGGUGGGACAUUGAAAUGGACCCUGAAGGGAAGAUCAAGUGCACAAUGGCCCCCUUUUGGGCUCACUCAGACCCAAAGGGGCUCCAGUGGCGGGACCAUUGGAUGCAGUGUGUGUACUUCCUGCCACAAGAGGAACCUGUUGUACGGGGCACAGCCCACUGCCUGGUAGCCCACCACGAUGACUACUGUGUAUGGUACAGCCUUCAGAAGACCAGCCCUGAAGAAAAUGGGAGAGUCCACCAAAUGCGCCCUGUCUGUGACUGCCAGGCUCACCUUCUCUGGAACCGGCCUCGAUUUGGAGAGAUCAAUGAUCAGGAUAGAACUGAUCAUUACGCCCAGGCAUUGAGGACUGUGCUAACCCCAGACACAGUCUGCCUAUGUGUCAGUGAUGGCAGUCUGCUCUCCGUGCUGGCUUAUCACCUUGGGGCACAGCAGGUAUUUACAGUUGAGAGUUCAGCAGCUUCCCAUAAACUAAUGAAAAAAAUCUUCAAGGCUAAUCACUUGGAAGAUAGAAUUAAUAUCAUUGAGAAACGACCUGAGUUAUUAACAGCUGCAGACUUGGAGGGUAAGAAGGUCUCCCUCCUUCUGGGUGAGCCCUUCUUCACCACCAGCCUGCUGCCGUGGCACAACCUGUACUUCUGGUAUGUCCGGACUGCUGUGGACCAGCACCUGGGGCCUGGUGCUGUGGUGAUGCCCCAGGCUGCCUCACUGCAUGCUGUGGUCGUGGAGUUCAGGGACCUGUGGCGGAUCCGGAGCCCCUGUGGUGACUGUGAAGGCUUUGACGUGCACAUCAUGGAUGACAUGAUUAAGUGUGCCCUGGAUUUCCGGGAGAGCAAGGAGGCGGAGCCCCACCCACUGUGGGAGUACCCCUGCCGCAGUCUGUCUGAGCCCCAAAGGCUCUUGACCUUUGAUUUUCGGCAACCCGUUCCCCAGAAGCCUUUGCAUGCUGAGGGCUCCAUGGAGCUGAGGAGGCCAGGGAGAAGCCAUGGGACUGUCCUAUGGAUGGAAUACCACCUGACACCAGACAGUACUGUCAGCACCGGUCUUGUGGAACCCACAGAAGACAAGGGAGACUGUUGCUGGAACCCCCAUUGCAAGCAGGCGGUGUACUUCCUCAGCCCCACACUAGAUCCCAGAGUGCCACUGGGCAGCCCUCAGGCAGUCAGCUAUGCUGUGGAGUUUCACCCUAACACCGGAGAUAUCACCAUGGAGUUCAAACUCACAGAUGCCACAGAUUGACCCCCCACUUGUUGAGAAAUAAAGUGGUCUGGAGGCUGUGGGCUCUGAAUGGGUUGUGACUUUUUGGAGAAAGGGAGGCCAAAGGUGCUUCUCUACUUCUAGGAACCUUCAUAUCCCCAGCACAGAGGGAACAUUGUUUUUGCAGCUUUGCGCUGCUGGCUACUAGAUCCAGGCAUGACAGGUAGUAUGGGCCAGUGAUUGAUUUGAAGCCAUGGAAAGGCCAGAGAGACUGCCCUGCUUGUGGUUCUGAGCACUCAGAAAGCUCUGGGGUAAUAUGUCUCCUGCCCUGUCCACAAGGGCCUAGAAGCAUAGGGCCCUCUUAGCUGGGCACUGCUCCUAGUGUAACCUUCCUAGCUUGUCUGUUUUCUUGGACUUCCAGGUCCCUGCCCAUCUGGCUUCACUAGGAGGGCCUUCAAGGGGAUCAAGAUGCUGAGCUGUGGCUGGGCUCCUGGGGCUUGAAGACCCCGGUAGAGCCAAGGUCGAGAGCACUGGGUUCUGACCCUUUCUGCACUGGGUAGCUGCACAAAGUCAUAUCCAUAAGUAUCUGGGCAUCUGGCCUCAGUACACACUGGCAGAUGGCCUGCAAAGCCUCAAGCCUGAUACGGGGAAGAGGCUGUCUCAUAGCAGUUCCUGAGGGGCAGCCCUGGGACUUCAGCCAUCAGGAAGAGGAGCCUGGAAGCGCAGCCCUUUCCCAUGUGCCUGUUUGUAUCAUUGGAAGGCCUGUGCUCAAAAGUUGAGCAGAUGGAGUGUGGUACAGACCACCCGAGCUUUGCUUCAGCAGGGACAGCCAGCAGUGCCUGUGGAGGCUACAGCCUGGAUUCCCACACACUCAACAUGCCUUUCAGCUCUUGACCUCCCAGUUCUCAAAGAAAAUGGGAGAUAACCAAGAGAACUGGGAUGACCUGGGGUCCUGGCAUUUGGAAGUAGAUUUGAGUUUUGUCCCCAGAGUCAUCUCCCCUUUCCCCUGGCUGCCCAACCCCCAGGUGUGGAGCCAGCGGGGUCUGCCCCAGCUUGUCACUCAAAUAAGUACAGGACACCAGCCUUGAGCCUCACAGUUUUAUUUUCUCCUCGUUCUCCAUCCUUCCUUUCAGCACCAUAAAGGAAAAAAACCACCUCUCUUUUCAAAAUAUUUUAUCAGGUGUAAAGAUUGUUUUUCUUCUAGGGAAGAAUCGUCUGGAUAUAUAUUUGAUAAUGUUUUUACCAAAACCUUAGGUGUCUUACCAUAUAAAACCCCUA